ACGACUUUUUCAUUUGCGUUUUUAUUAAAGGCUUGCCUCUAUAUACUGGGGUUUCUUUCCCGCUUUAGUCCGCGCUCGUUGAAUCGGAAAAGAAAGAAUAGGCUUUAUUGUGGUACAACUCGAACCACAUUCGGAGCGUGAAGAGAACCAAUGACUGUACAUCACCUAUUGUGAUGUCACGCAAUCCUUUCAUCUCCCCUGCAAUUUGUACCAACGGGCGAAUGAUAUAUGAUGAAUGGGUUGAAUUUGCGAGAGUGGAUUUUUGUGCAAUAAUCGCAAAACGCUGUCGUCUGUGUGUGGGGCUGAUGAUCUAUCACGCCAACCGGCGAAGCAGUUGGCUUCCGCAUUCGAAGCUGCAACAAGCACACCCCUCCAAUGUGGCGCCAGUUUUUGGCGUGAACUGUUGCAGCUAGCAAGGCACUUCUACCAGUCUACCAUCAUCGGAGACAAAUGUGGAGCUCAACAGGUUGUUGGUACCUGCCACGUAUAGGCCUAUAAAUAAGAAUAUAUAUUACGGGUAAUAAUGGAUUGAGGAAUGAGGAAUAAUAUUCAGCAGGACGUGCGCUGUAUAACGGAUCAUAUUACAGUUUGAAUCUGGCACCACAUUUCGCUAUCUCAAUCUGAUAGCUGUCGCACGCACAAGGAUUAUAUUGUAUUCAACAUAGUUUCACAAACUGGAUUGCUCAUGGUCUGAAACAGACAAUUUCGGCCUAUUUUACAAAAUUUUAUCUUUUUAGGAGAGGAUAUAAGGACAGAUAUGGUGAACCCUGAGGAUUCCAACGGCAGCGCUCGCCCAAGGAGAACCCCUGGAGCCAAUGCAGCUGCUGCCUAUCUUCCUGCAGGCGUAUCAUUAAGUGCCCGGGCCACACCCGUACAGUAUCAGCCCAAUAAUGGAGGCGCUUCAAGAAGACCGUCCAACACUAGCUCUGUGGCAUCACACCUCCCACCAGGGGUGGCUAGCGCCAGGGCUACCCCGAGGGCUACCCCAGUCCAACAUUAUCAGCCCAGCAAUCCAAGCAACUCAAGGAGACCAUCUAAUACAAGUUCGGCAGCCGCAUACCUUCCCCCGGGCGUAUCACUUGGUUCUCGAACCACGCCCAAUCCCUACCAACCCAGCAGCGGCAGGACCACGCCCAGGAAUAUGUUCGUACCAAUAAGCGGGCGGAGCACUCCUAUGCCUGACAGUGGGCGCACCACACCCAUCUCGAACCUACCUCCCAGUGGUCGGGCCACGCCCGCAUCGUAUGCCCCUCCCAGUGAGAGAGACACGCCCACAUCUAUCCGUCCUAGGAAUGGGAAAACCUCCCCGGUUUCGGUGCACUCGGUUACGUAUGAUACCCGGAGUCGGUCGGCGUCUCGUUCGAGAGAACCGCCUGCACCCGCGGUUCGGACUGUAUCUAGAGAAAUUUCUAAGAAAGAAAAGAAGCCGUCAAAGCCUCUGUCUCGUCCUCCAAGUAUUCCAGAUGUGACCGACGGCGGGGGUGAGAAGGAGUUUGAAGGGGACGAGAACGAGGAGCGUGGUAACUGGAGCAACAAGAUGGACUUCGUCCUGUCGUGUCUCGGGUAUGCCGUGGGCCUGGGAAACGUCUGGAGGUUCCCUUACCUGGCCUACAGAAAUGGAGGAGGUGCCUUCUUAAUUCCAUACACAAUAAUGUUGUUUUUCGCUGGUCUACCGCUUUUCCUGAUGGAAGUAUCGUUUGGUCAAUACUGCAGUCUGGGUCCCAUCUCAAUAUGGAGAUCCGUGCCGAUCGCCAGAGGCAUCGGCUACUGUCAAAUGUUCACGGCCUGCAUUCAAGGCGUGUACUACAACGUCAUCAUCAUGUACACCGUCUAUUACUUCUUCGCGUCGUUCACCAGCGAACUCCCUUGGAUCGGGUGCGCCAAUACCUGGAACAAUGUCCGGUGCUACGACCUCUACAACGACUGCGUCGACAACGGGGGCAUCAUCGCCACCAACGGGAGCUGCCUCCACCUCGACUCCCUCAACGAUACCACGCUGAGUUUUUACAACGUGACGAGCAACCUGGGCGGUUACAACUUAUCUGGUUACACCGAUCCGCUGGGAGGGAGAAGGGAGCUUGCCAGUGAACAGUACUGGAAAAAUGCCGUUCUCCAAGAGGCGGACACAAUGAACGAGCCCGGUGGUGUCAUCUGGCAGCUAGCUCUGUGUUUACUUGUUGCUUGGAUUAUAGUCUUAUUGUGCCUUGUCAGAGGAAUCAAAUCUUCCGGAAAGGUUGUGUACUUCACAGCUACCUUCCCUUACGCCGUUCUCUUCAUUCUUCUUAUUCGUGGCGUGACGUUACCAGGGGCAGGAGACGGGAUUCGUUUCUUUACUGUCCCAGACUUCAGCAGACUAAGCGAUGCCAAGGUUUGGCAGGAUGCGGCUAUCCAGAUUUUCUAUUCCCUCAGUGCAGCCGGGGGCGGUCUAGUCACUUUGUCAUCUUAUAACAAGUUCCACAACAACUGUUAUUUUGACUCGUUGUUUGUAGCCGUUGCCAAUUGUUGCACCAGUGUUUUUGCCGGUUUCGUGAUCUUUUCCAUCGUUGGUUUCAUGGCCCACGAGCUCAACCAGCCUGUCGAAACCGUAGUUCAACAAGGAUUUGGUCUUGCGUUCAUCGCCUACCCGGCCGCAGUAGCUCGCAUGCCAGUCUCCCCUCUUUGGUCAUUGCUAUUCUUCGGCAUGCUGAUAACACUCGGACUGGACAGUCAGUUCGCUAUCAUGGAAAAUCUGGUGACGGCCAUUGUGGACGAAUUUCCUCGGCUCCGUAAGAAGAAGACAUACGUGCUGAUGACUGCGUGUGGUAUUAUGUAUAUCAUGGGAUUCAGCUGUAUUACUCAUACGGGGAGUUACUGGGUGUCCCACCUCGACAGUUACGGCGCCUUCUUCAAUUACAUCAUCUACGCGCUGCUGGAGUGCAUCGCGCUGGGCUGGAUCUACGGGGUCAAACGUCUCCAGAACGACAUUCGAACCAUGGUAGGAGACAGAUGGGUCGGCCACUGGUCCUUUAUGUGGUGGCCACUAAACUGGGCCGCCUUCACGCCAGCCCUCAUGUUGUUCGUCCUUAUGUUCAACUUCUUAAACUGGCAAGAGCCGAGUUACAACGGCCCCUUCCCUCCCUGGGCCCGGGCCAUCGGGUGGAUGGUGACGACCUGUUCGUUGAUCUGGAUUCCCGUCGUGAUCAUCUACGAGUUCCUCAUGGAAGAAGGAACCUUCAUGGAGCGUUGGCGUCUGAUUUCGAACCCCAUAGACACUUGGGGUCCCGCCCUCCCUCAGUUCCGCCUGGAGUCCUGGAAGGUCCAUCAUCGAAACAGAACUACGAUGGGCGGCCGCCUCGACAUCGACGGCAGCGGUCGCCGGUGGCAACCCGGUGAAGUCACGUUCGACGAGGACGACGACGACGAGAAAGAAGUCGGCACGAUAGAGAACGGAAAUCAGCCUCCUUCUUACGAAUUAGCCAAUCCCCUUUAACGGAUGUCUAGUAGUUACCGCUGCAGGCAGUCCGCAGAGUGGUGCGAUCAUUUACGUUCAAGUUGAUGACUGGUACACGCAUUCAAAGAUGAAUUUUUCCUUUGGAUGAUGCCUGAAUUCCGGAGCGGAACGUAAUAAGAUAUGUUUUAGGCGUUUCUGUGGACCUUGAUUAUUUUGACAUUGCACCACGGAACGGCGAAGACUACACUCAGAAUCCCACAAGUCGAGAGGGAUUUCAUAAUGGGCGCGCUCAUCUAGCAUUUAGGUCUUCCGAUUCCAUCAUGGGCGUUUUUCAUUCUCAAGGAAUAGAAAACUCCGACUAACUUUUUGCUCUUUAAGGUAUCAUUUUUAAAGGGACCGCAUCUCCCGCUCUCGAUUAAACGCGUUGUACCAUUAUGCCAGGAUCAUGCAUCGUAAGUGCUUUGGCCCCGAGUAUUUGAAAGAGCGCCCCCCCCCCCAUUCAAAGCCCUGCAUGUGCGAAACAAAGAGAAUAUGACAUUUUAAUCUCGAUAGAUAUGCCUUUUUGGGGUUGGUCAGUGGCACCAUUUAAGCCAUGACAAUCCAUAAAAAACAGAAAUACAGUGAUGUUUUUUAAAGCCGUAUUGCCUACUUUGUAUCAAAUAAAUUUAAUGACUUACUUAUAAUCAAUAUUUUCUAACAUUGUAUAGCUAACUCUAUAGACCUGUCACAGAAGAAUGCAAAUUUUACAUGAUACCAUGCUUUUUUAUGAUGCACAAAGAAUGGCUAAAUGUUCUUUCGUUUUCCAGAAAGUGUUUUUACUAGAGGUUUUCAAGCAUUUGUAAGUUUUAAUUAUGCUUAUGACAUGACUUGUAUGAAUUGACCGAGUCUAAAGACUGGAGUUCCCCGUGGUCUUUCAUGUAUUUUAUAUGACAUGUCUCCCUCCCCCUUGUAAUCGAUGCAUUAUGCGGAUUUCUAAUUGCCUUGUACAGAAUACAUAUAUGGAAAUAAUAUUUACUUUCUUGUUAAUGAAUUUUCCUCGCUUCUUAAUAUUUUCUUCAUGUUUGUUUGAAUUCCUUUUAUGGAAAAUGUUUUUUCAACCUUUUAAUGUUGAUGUUUUCAGCGAAAAUCAAAUUGUUGAUUUAGAAUCAUUUAUAACACAGGGUACUCAAUGACUUUUAUGAAAAUGUUUUAAUUAGAUUUUUAUUGACUUUUUGUGAGUUUGUCUUUGAAAGAAAGCUUUAUAACCAAAAGCGAAUGCGAAGUUAUGAGGUGCUUUGAGUAAUGUUAAAAGCUGUUUUCUAUAUCUCUCGUGCACUUUUCAUUCUAUUUUUUAAACAAAAUAUUAUAUUUUCUUCGGUUUGUAUUUUUAUGUAAAUUUAUAUGAACACAGAAUAUUCCACCUUUUCACACGGUAAAAAAAAAAUCGUAAUUUGAAUGAUGAUUCCAGUGAAAAAUAAGGCCAAUGACGAAUUUUUAGCACGUGUGAAACCAAACUAGAACAUGAUUAGAAUCACAAACGCCUGCAAUCAUUACAAUAUUAAUUCAAGAUUCACGUGUGAAAAGGCCCACUUUGAUACCAAAAUUUGUGUUGUAUAUUUUGGUUGAGCAAGCCUCCUUUUUGAAACUUUGUCGGGUGCGAAAAUAAUUAGCGUAUUACUGCGCAGACGUUUCCUAUCCAACGCUCCAAUUCCUUUGAAAUUGCAAGUCAAAUCAAUAUAGACAGCUGAGAGGUUUUUGUCGAAAGUUAGUGGACCGGGACACGAGAUCGUCCCAAGAUUCGGACCGUUCGAAAAUUGCAAAUAUGGUUUGUCCAGAUAGUCCAGGACGACACCGAUGUUUUGAUUCACCGAUUUUCGACAAAGGCUGUUUUGACAUUGAAGGGCUUUUGACAAAUGAAUUUGCGUUAUAGAGAGCGUCUGCGUAGUGGUUGCGAAAAUGCCCUAUUUUAAGGAAAAACGCUUCAGUUUUGCAGUAUUCUUUUAUAACAAUUGAUGCUCGACUGACAAAAAUGGUGACACCAACGAACGUAGAGGCCAGCAACCAACGCACAUCUAUGUGUGUUGCUGCCCUCUACGUUCGUUGGGUGACACUUUACUCAGGCCUUUCUUUAUAUCAAAUAUCAAACUUGCAGGGGAAACAUGACAAUGUUGAAUGCUGAUUUGAGGAUAAUAAUGAAAAAUAUUAUUCUCUGUCAGUCUUUGUUAUAGUUACAGUAAUUUUGAUGAUUAACGAACGUCACAUAAGGCCUAAAAUAAUAAUGUGUAUUGAUAUUUGUCUAAUCUAUAUAGCCGAUCUUUACAACUCCAAUUACACAGUAAAAAAAAGCACAUUGUUUAAGCCUGUCAACAACAACUUGUUUAAAUUCUUUGUAAUUGUUUAAAAUUUUGAAACAAUUUGUUUAAAAAGUUUAAACAAAUUGUUUAAAGAGUUUAAAAAGUUUAAACAGUUGUUUAAAAACUUUGAACAAGAGUUAUUGAGAGUGACGGGCUUAAACAACCUGCUUAAAAUUUUAAACAGCGUUUUUACAGUGUAUAACAUAAACAAGAAAGAAAAGGAAAACGGAGUAAGUGAUAGAUUAAAUGUAAUUUCGUGAAAUUUAAACGUGGUAUAUAAUAUUGGAUGACUGGGAUUCAUUUUUAUCUAUUUUCAUUUACAUUUUUUAUAAUUCUUGUUUUUUCAGUGGUUUUGGAGUGUCUCAAUGAAUCACUACUCAGUUCGUUGAAGAAUGUAAGAUAUAUUUUGGUAUAAAUUUUGAUAUGAGAUUUUGUAAAUAAGAACAUUACAUUCCUUCUCCGUAUGUUACUCCACAUUACGUUAUGGAAAGAAUGCCUUUGGUAUGGAAGGUGCAAUGACUUGGAUUAUUUACAGAUUUCCUACCAAAAAGAAAAGAAUUUGAUGAAUAAACGAAUCUUUCCCUGAA